AUGAUCACCUGCUAUAUACCCUUAGCAGACCUGCUGGGUGUCCAGUUUGACAUGCACCUGCUGGGGAGGCUGAUGUGUUCCGUGGCCGCUGUGCUGCUCAUCUCCUGGGUUUACAGAUUCUACAGCUCCAGGGGUACAGCAGCUAAACCCCAGCUCUGUGUGAGGCCUCCUUCAGACGGGCCCACUGAAGCACCCAAUGGAAUCUGUCGGAACUGCAAGAUGGAACUGCGGCCUCAAAGCACAGCCAAACAUGACUCCAGCAACAAUGGGGACAAACAGCCUGGCCACUCACAGAUUAGCCCUGUGAGGGAUGACCUGACACCUGACAACUCCAAUACAGGGACAGGGGAAGGAGAAUUGCCCCAGACUAAAGAUAGUGGUCUGGCCAGCCCAUCAGGCCGUCUGUCCCCUUGCUUUCUGCAGAGGCUGGAGGGCAGUGUGGGUGUAGGCAGGAAACUGAGGCAAGACCUGGGGCUGCAUGGGGCCUACUCCACCUUCCUCUCAAAGGCAGAGAUCACAGUGGAGGAUGCCAACCUCGUGAUGGAGGGACCUGGGAAGCAGAGCGUUGUGCGAGGAAAGAUUUAUGAAUACUAUGUGGAAUCUUCCUCGCACUCCAUCACAGACUCCAUAUUAGGUCUGUUUGAGGGGAAUUCACUGGACUCACAGUCGGUGGAGUUUGGAAGAUGUGGCAGCAGCCUCACUGAGCCUCCCUUGUCCCUGAGCCCCAUCAUGCGUGAACUGGUUCAGAGGCCGUUCUCCCCAGUUAGUUCAGAGCCCACAUCUCCCAAUAAGCGAGCACUCAUACGCAAGGACAGCUACCUCACAGCAUCUGAAAAUUCAGAGCUCCAGAUCCCCCCUCUGACACCCAGAGCCUCAACCCCACUGAGGCCCCACUCUCGGGCCUCUUCAUCAGGGGAUCCCAGCCCUGUCAGCCCACUCAGUCCUACCACAGACACCAGGCACCCCAGUGCAUGGGAGGAGCACAGCCUAGAAACCAUAGCUGGGGCCAAAUGUAUAAAUCUGCCUCCAGAAAUCAUGGGCAGCUCAGAGUUGGAGAUCUUUAAGGCCAAGUUUGAUUUGGGCAACUGCGUGGAGGUGGAGCUGUCUAAGAAGCAUGGGCAGGCCCCUCUGCAGCAGUCAGCUCUUAGAGUGAUGUCUGACAACUACCUCCAGAUCCUCAGGGACCCAGGUCUGUAUGGGAGGCUGAGAGCAGGCGAUCAGGAUGAGAUCCAGAAACAGCGUAUGAGAGGAAGGCAGUUCCUAAUGGCAGGCAACAUGGGCCCUCAGGACUGGGUGGGGAGUAACCCUCAAGGGACAAAAAGGGAGCAGGGAGUCACCAACAUACCAUGUAGUGGUCUCUACUAUUAUGAUGAUUAUAAAGACAGCUGGCACCCACUGUGUCCCAUCCCUCAGGAAGUCAUCUCCAAAGGCUGUGCCAUGUGCACUAUGGACAACUACUUAUUUGUAGCAGUGGGGGGCUGCCAGCAGGGCGCAGAUAGAGAGAUGAAGCCUUCCAAGAGAGUGUUCUGCUACAACCCCGUAACAUCAAUUUGGAAAGAGAUCAGUCCUAUGAACGAGUCCAGGCCCCACUGCAAACUGGCAGCCCUGCAGGGCUACAUCUAUGCAAUCGGAGGGGAGUGUCUGUCUACCGUAGAGCGCUAUGACCCCCGCUCUGACAGAUGGACUUUUGUGGCCCCACUGCCCAAUGAUACAUUUGCUGUGGCCCAUCAUGUCACAGUGUGCAACGGGGAGCUCUUUGUUCUAGGAGGAACACUGAGAUACACACUGUUGCGCUACAACCCAAAUAUCAACGUGUGGAGGAAAAGCUCAAUAACGGGCAGCAAAGAGAGGACCACCGAGAUAGUGGGAGUGAGGAACUUCCUAUAUCGCUUUGAUGUCAGCCCGCAGCUAGGCAUCAGUGUGUACCGCUACCACACUGUGGCACGACUAUGGUAUGAGUGCUGCACCAAACGCCUUGACCAAUGCCUCGCCUUCCAGUGUGUCGCCUUGGACGACACCAUCUACUGCAUGAGCCACCAGUUCACCAUGAGCUUCCUGGCUGAUGAGAUCUCUCCAAGAUUUGUAUCGGAUGAUUUGAGUGUCCUCUCUGGAGCCAAGGGCAUCCUUUUCCCGUUUGUCCUCUCACUUCCUGAUACGAAGGCUCACCAGACCAGUGUGUAA